AUGAUCCGACCCCAAGGGCUUCGUCGCGCCGCGACCGCCCUCCCGCCCUCAUCCUCCAUCCCAAGCCGCACCCUCUCAUCCACAACCCCGACCCAAGCCGAUCCCCAAUGGCCUCUCCUCAAGAAACGAGCCAGUCCGCCAAACCAACAAGACACCAUCCACAGCGGCGGCACGUCCCUCAUCGAGAGCCUCAAAAACCGACAGCCACAAACACCUUCCGCAGCAGACCCAGCAUCCUCACCCGCCUCCCUCGACACCACAUCUCCCAAACCCGACUCCCGCCUCAUGCUCAUCCUCCACGGCCUGAGCCCUCACCUCAACGCCAGCGACUUCUACCGCCUCGCGCCCAGCGAUCUCUCCUCCUGGCAAAGCGUCAUCAAAAAAGUCCAGCAACAACGGAAUCCCACGACCCUCGAGCCCCUCGGCCGCUAUCACAUAUCAUUCUCCACCUCCACAGCGGCGAUAUCCUACCGCGACCGCCUCCUCCGCCUGCACAAACUCGCCCAUUACAAAAUCCGCUCCCCGGGCGGCCUCUGGGAGAGCUCCACGCCGAGACACCUGACGUCACCCGCGGGCGAGGACCCGGCCGCGGAAUUAGAAACGUACACGGUAACCUCCGGGACGCAGCGGACCGUGGACGCGCAGAGACGACGCGCAUCCGGGGGCAACAAGUGGGCGCAGAGGCUGGCCGGCGCCGUGGGCGGCCUCGGCCACGGGGGGCCUCGGCCACGGGGAGAAGCCGCCGGCGGUGCUGGUCCACGUGUACCCCCCGACACUGACGGCCGGCGACCUGGCCGCGCACAUUGUCGAGGACGGCCUGUCGAGGGGCUGCGGGUGGAAGGUGUGUCCGCCGCAGGAGCUGCAGGCCGAGCCGGCGGAGCGAGCUACGGGCAGGGCAUCAUCCCACGGGAGUCCCCCCGGCGCCGACGUGCAGCCACGCACGCAGCGGGAUAUUGA